AUGUCGAUAGUUCUUAAGCAGAAACACUCACUGCUUGGCAAGAAUCUGCUACCCCUAGCAUUGAGGUUAAAGGAUGUGGAGAUUCAGGAUGAGAGGGAAUUGGCAAGAUUGAAAAAGGAACAUCCCCUCAGUAGAUAUUCCUUGGGGGAACUAGAGAAUGAAUUCAAAAGCCUCACAGGGGAGGAAGCGAAGGUGGUGUUGAGUCUAGUUAGAAAGCAAAGGGAAAUCGAUAACAUUCGUCUCCUGGUACAUGUUGCUAUUUGCAUGGCAAACGAUGCUGGGGUUCCAACGUCAACCCCAAUUGCUAGAUCAUCUAUUUUGGUAGAGCCUGGUUCACGCCUUUCGACAUCUCAGUCUGUAGAAUCUCGGGAGGGUGAAGUGUUUAAAGAAUUGAAGGAUGGAGAGAAGAAAAAGGAUGACAAAGAGAUGAUACUGGAGAAUAUCGAAUCGGCGAUGAAAGAAGUGACAGGGAAUACAGAUAAAGAGGUGAACCUGGCAUUAAAGAACAUUUCUAUUUUGGCUAGCAGGCCCAAGUUAACGGCUCCUGCGCUUAUGUUGCCUGCUGUUGAAUCAUUGGUAGAUAUUGCAAUUUCAUCUGGUCAUAAAGAGGCUGAUUACUAUGCUAAGGUUUUGCAAACUUGUAGAAAAUUUGAAAAUUAUCAUGAUAUUUUUGGUUUGUGUCAACGAUUGUUUGGAACGGAUGAUAAGAAAAUUUCAUCAGUUGUGUCAGAAUGGUCAAAGAAUAAAAAGUAUUUAGAUGAGAACAAAGAGUCUAAGGAGAAAGUAAAUUAA